AUGAAUCGAACAGAAUUUAAAAAUGAAACUAUUUGCAUAUUUGAAGAGACAUACAAAGUAACAUUAUUUUUUCUUCUUGGCUCAACUUCUGUAGUAGCAUUUAUUGAAAAUGCAUUCUUUUGCUUUGCCGUUUCCUUCAAUAAAAAACUUCACUUGAAAUCAAAUAUUUUAGUUGUAAGUUUAGCUGUUACAGAUAUAACUAUAGCAGCCAUUUUGCCUAACCUCGAGCUUGUCUACUUAUAUUUUUAUCCAUCAUGGCCUAUUGGCAGUCUGGGAACGAGUGCUCUUAAUUUAAUAUGGAUUUUUUCACUAGUUUGUCCGUUUGUUACAGUAACAGCUAUAACGAUUGAACGUUGUGUUAUGAUUGCGGUUACAGCUGUUACUAUGCAACCAGCACAUAAAAAUAAGUAUAUUUGGAACGUGAAUCCAACUCUUUACUAUAUUUUACUUAGUUUUCAUAUUAUAGCUCCUUUGUUGUUAUUACCUGGGCUAUAUUAUAAAAUGAAAAGUGCUUCACAAAAUUUGCUCAAAAAACUCAUGAAAAUAACUGAAAACAACAUUAAUCUAAACAGGCAAAAAAAAGAAAUGAAACUAGCAAAGACGAUUUUCAUUAUUAUAGGACUUAUGUAUUUAGUAUGGUUUCCAGUAGUGAUGAUAGAAAUUUUGUAUAACUUACAUUUUGAAGAGUGUAUAGUUUCAAAACUUGGAGUUUUCAGUUUAUGGAUGACGUGCAUAAAUGGAUGUCUAAACCCUCUGGUUUACUCCUACAGAAAUCCGGAAGUAAAACAGUUUGCAAAAUGUUUAAUUAAUUUUUUCUAUAAAAAAAAAUUAAUUGAGCGUUUUGCAAAAAACAGAUAUAUUACUCCACCUCCCUCUUUAAGAUCAUUUCGGGACGGCCCUGAUUGGAAAGAAAAAGUGAUUGAAUACGGUAUCAAAAUUUAA